AUGACUCAACCGAUAUAUGACCAAAGACAAGGUGGUUUUCGCGUUUUUAUUGGUAACUUAGGAGCACGCACAAAUAUUUCUGAACUUCAACAUGAAUGUGAACGUUAUGGUCCAUUAGUUGAUUGUUGGGUAGCUCGCAAUCCACCAGGAUUUGCCUUUGUACUUUACAAAUAUGGCGAAGAUGCCGAUACAGCAGUACGCAAUAUGGAUGGCCGUGUCGUAUGUGGCCAACGUGUUCGAGUAGAACAUGCAAAAGCUCGUUCAGCAAAUUAUCGUGGUGGACCAUCGUAUGGUGGUUAUCGAGGUGCAGAUGAUGAUCAUGAUGGUCAUGGAAAUGGUCGAGAUGAUGAUCGAAAACGUCCACGUCGUCGUUCACGUGAUCGUCGUUCACGAUCUCGUAGCAGUAGUCGAGAACGUUCAAAAAAAAAGUCAUCUCGUCGUCACCGUAGUAGAAGUGAUUCGAGUCGUGAAAGUAGCCGUGAUCGUUCAUCUAGACGAAAGAAUCGAAGUCAUUCACAUGAUCAAAGUGAUUCUGAUGAUUCAAGCCGUGAACGAGAUAAGAAACGAUCUCGUGGUGGUUCGAGUGGUAAACGUCGUCGAUCAAAAUCAAAAUCAAGCGAGAAAAAGAGUGGCCGUUCUAAACAUCGUUCAUCACGUUCCGAAUCAAAAGAUAAUGCUAAUGGUGAUGAGCGAGCAUCAAAUCAUUCAAAAGAAGGUUCAUCAUCACCAGCAAAACGUGAACGUCAUAACAGCAGCGGCCAUGAGAACGACGCUGAGAAUGACAAUAAAAGUGGUGACGAAAGUGAACGACGAAGAUUAGCUCGCCGUAAAUCUAAUGAUGACGAUAGCGAUGGAAGUGAUAACGAAAGUAAUAGUAGUGAAAAGAAGAAGGCCACUCGUCGAAGUUCAGCCGACGAAGAAAUGGAUGACAAACCUGGAAAUGAAUCUGAUCAUUCAAAUAAUGAUAGUGGUGAUCAGAAUUAG